GCCUAAACCUAGAGGAGGACCUAAAAGGGGUAGAAGAGAAGGGGGGAUAGGAUAUCAUACAUACUAUGUAGUACUCUUUCCUCUUCUUUUGUUUUAUUCCAGUUUGGUAGGUCAAGAUUAAUUGAUAAAUGGCAGUUCUAGAACAAGUCGAAACAAACCCACUGUUUGGAUAUCUGAUAGUGUAGUUUCCAAUAAGGCCCCCCCUUUGACAACCCCCCAGUUUGAACCAGUCCGACUAAUCCGACCUGGGGGACCCGGAGUGGUUCGAGAAUGGCGCCAAACCACCUGACAAUGGCCUGAGCACAGUGCGAAGUCUCAUUUUAUAACUUCGUCUUCUCAACUUCAUCAAAUCAAUCAACCGAUGAAAUCCAAUCCAUCUCUUACUGAUCGGACCAACCGUCAACGACCCACCACCACCACUCCCUCCAAACGCCGCCUCGUUACUCUUUGCUACCUCAAACCAAGCCACUUUGCUAUUUAUUGUGCUCUGGUAGAAGCCUUUUUUAACGUACUCGCAUGAAAUAAAUCUUGUCUAGGCCAUAUCCACCGGCGCCAUGAUCGUAGAUGAGGUAAACGGUGUGCGACAGAACGGCGACACCAACGGCAGCACCAAUGGCGAGGUUAAUGGUCAUGGUCCAGCCAAGCGCCGUGAAACCAACGGCUCACGACACACCUCCGAGGUCUGCGUCGUCGGAGCUGGUCCUGCCGGUUUAAUGUUGGCUACUUUAUUAGCUAGAUUCGGCGUCAGUGUCGAAGUCAUAGAUGAGAGACCCGAUCAGACUCAAGCUGGUCGUGCUGAUGGGUUACAACCCAAAACGAUAGAGACGCUUCGUCAGCUCAGACUUGCAGAUAGCCUGCUGGCGAGAGGCGCCAAGGUGUAUGACAUAUGCUUCUGGGAAGCUACGGCAAACCGCCGCUUAAGGCGCCUAGGUCGUGAGAUUCAUUAUCCAGCCUUAGUUGUUGACCUUCUGGACGACUAUAUCCUUCUCGUUCAUCAGGGGGUUGUGGAAGGAGUCUUCAUAAAGGACCUUCUAAAGCGAGGUGUCCAGGUCAAGCGCAGUCAUCAAUUUCAAUCGUUUAAACGGCAAGACGACGAGUCCGGGUUGUUAGAGAUUGAGUGCAAGAAUACAACCAACGGGGAAAAGGAGACAACGUUAUCCAAAUACAUCGUCGGAUGCGAUGGUGCCCGAUCUAAGGUGCGAACCUGCAUACCAGACACUUAUUCAGUGGGUAAAUCUCAUGAAUCCGUAUGGGCUGUUCUCGAUGGAGAACUCAUCUCGGACUUCCCAGACCUAUGGUCUAAGACGGUCGUCUACAGUGAAGUGCAUGGUUCCAUACUCAUUGUCCCGCGGGAACGGGGCACUACUCGAUUCUACGUCGAGAUCAAACCGGACACUGAGACAGGUAAUCUGCGAGAACUCGGACAAGAGUUCGUCAUGAAGCGUGCCAAGCAGAUCUUGGCGCCGUACUCGGUUGAAUGGCGUACCGUCGAAUGGUUCGGCAAUUAUCAGAUCGGACAGCGAAUAGCAAACAAAUUCACCGAUCCGCAUCUGCAGGCUUUUAUUGCCGGAGAUGCAAGUCAUACCCAUUCACCCAAGGCUGCACAGGGUAUGAACACUAGUAUGCACGACAGCUGGAACCUUGCCUGGAAAUUGAACCUUAGCUCGAGAGGUCUAGCCAAGCCGGUUCUAUUGGAAUCAUACGAAAUGGAGCGUAGAAAGAUUGCGCACGACCUUAUCAACUUCGACUAUGAGCACGCUAACAAGAUGGCCGGUGGUGAUGCCAAAGCUCUAGCCGAGAAUUUCCGCACGAACGUGCGAUUUAUCUCAGGAGUCGGCGUCGAGUACGACCACAACAUACUAAACCACCCGUCCAAGCGCAGCGGGGGCGAGCUGAGGCCGGGAUGCCUUGUUCCUCCUGCCAAGGUAACGCGAUAUAUCGAUGCAAAUCCGAUCGACGUUCAGCUUGAUAUUCCCAUGUUAGGCCAAUUUAGGGUGUACUUCUUCGUGCCGGAUAUCCACAACAGCAUGCCGUUCCUUCAGACUUUCUGCAAUGGAUUAACAAGGCAGGACUCAUUGUUUAGGAAACUGAGUCAAGCCGCCGCGGCCAGCUAUUUGGAAAAGCCACGAACGCCCACUUCUGAGGACGUGUAUAUACGCUCGGAGAGAUAUAUAAGCGUGAGCGAGCUCACGACGUUUGCACUCAUUACAACCAUGGAGAAAGCCAGAGUUGAGAUCCAAGAUCUCCCUCCGCUCUUCGCUCGAAGUGCAUGGACAUUCUACCUGGACAAUGUGCCAUACUUGGAUACGCGCAGACAGACAUGUACAAGCAAGUGGGUGGGAACCCUACAGAAAGACGAGGUUUCCAUCGUGAUCUUACGACCAGAUGGCUACGUAGGGUCGAUUAGCAGGUGGGAUUCGCUGGGUGUUAAUGCAGGCGCAACAGCAGCCGAUUGGCUUAAUUCUUACUACGACGGAUUUCUUAAAGUUCCCGAAGACAAAGCAAAAUAAUGUCAAGCUAUGAGCAUAAUGGAAGGGGGGUUUAAAGAGCAAAAUGUAUGCGUGGCGAUGCCUAUGGGUUCAUUUUUUUCAUCAGCAUUCGGCAAGUUGUACGGUAUACUUCACAUAUUGGUGGCAUUCAUGGGGUUACAUGCUCUCUUAAUUCACACAUCCCUUUUCCUUG